AGCAGUGCGGGCUAACAGCCGGAGUGUGUAAUGGCGGCCUCGGUGUUAUUGGGGUCUGCGGAAAACACCGGACUCCACUUCACGGUCGGAGCUGGCGGCAGCAGCGGGACUACCCACAUAGGGAACGCCAACGGACUGGGGCAGGCAUGUCCGGCAUCGUGGAACCGUUCUCUGGAGCGGGCGCUGGACGAAGCUUCGGUAACCGGGUGUGUGAACCUGAGCGGCAGGAAGCUGAAGGAGUUUCCCCGGAGUGCUGCCAACCACGACCUGACGGACACAGUCAGGGCCGAUCUGUCUCGGAACCGCCUGUCGGAGCUGCCUCUGGAGGUGUGCGUCUUCGUGUCUCUGGAGUAUCUGAACCUGUACCAGAACUGUCUGAGGUCCCUGCCCGACAGCCUCCUGAACCUGCAGGCGCUCACCUACCUGAACCUCAGUCGGAACCAGCUGUCGGUCCUCCCGCCCGUCCUCUGCAGCCUCCCUCUGAAGGUUCUGGUUGCCUCCAACAACAAACUGGUUUCUCUGCCAGAAGAACUGGGUCAACUGCGACUGCUCACUGAGCUGGAUGUGAGCUGUAAUGAGAUCCAGACGUUACCGUCCCAUGUGGGUCAGCUGGAGGCUCUGAGAGACCUGAACAUCAGGAGGAACCACCUGAUCCAGUUGCCUCCAGAGCUGGCCGAGCUUCCUCUGGUGCGUCUGGACUUCUCCUGCAACAAAGUGACCUCCAUCCCUGUCUGUUACCGACGCCUCACACAGCUGCAGGCCAUCGUCCUCGACAACAACCCGCUGCAGAGCCCACCUGCACAGAUCUGCAUCAAAGGGAAGGUCCACAUCUUCAAAUACCUGAACCUGGAGGCCAGCAAGAUGACACCGGAGCUGCCCGAAUAUGACAGGCGGCCUCUGACCUCCUGUGCUGACGAUGUGUUCGCCGGCCGGCUGUACGGCGCGCUCGACUCCGGCUUCAACAGCGUUGACAGCGGAGACAAGAGAUGGCUGGGCAACGAGCCUUCAGAGGAGCUGUCAGAGCUGCCGAGCAGAGUGGCCGAGAUCAGCAAAGACCAAAGACGAAGUGGAGGACCCUCGCUGCCUAACGGGACCUAUGUGGAGCUGGAGCAGAUAGACUUCAUUGACAGCUGCGUGGAGGAGGAGGAGGAGGGGAAGAGUCGAGGAGGAAGAGACAGCAGCAGCCUCAGCUCUCAGUUCAUGGCCUACAUCGAGAGACGCAUCACUAGAGAGGGUUCUCCUGUAAAGCACAACCUGUCCCGGACAGAAGACGCAAAGAGACACAGCAGGAGUGUGGUUGAUGGUGUAACAGCCCCUUCUAGUUCCCACAGUCAGAGAGGAGGUUCUGGAGGUGUGGAGAGGAUGAGGAGGGAAGCUCAGCUCGCCGCUCUGAGGUACGACGAAGAGAGGCAGAAAAAACGUUCUUUGCAGAGAGACAAUGCCUCUAGCUACACGAAGCAUAAAGCUGCUCAGGGUUCUACGAAGUCCAGUCCAGAUUCUGAGAAUGUCUACCCCUCCAGACGCUGCACCCACACUGAUGACUCCGCCCUUAUUGUGCAGGGGGAGGACAGAGCUGCUCUCUCCCCUACAGCCAAUCAGUCGCCUUCUUACCCCAGCCCUGGGGGCGGGGCCUCCUGUCGGCCAACCAGUGGGCGUCCUGAGAGCUUCCUGUACCGCCUCGGCCAGAGAGAAGACAAGAGGAAAGGUGUGUGUUCGCUGAGGCAUUGUGAUCAUAUUCACCUGUCAGGUAGCCAGGAGGAGGCUCCUGCAGCUCCUCCUCUGCUUGGAGAAGAUGCUGAACUGGUGGAGCAGCUCAGAAAGAACAUCGAGGCCCGCCUUAAGGUGUCGCUGCCUAGUGACCUGGGAGCAGCUCUGACGGAUGGGGUAGUGCUGUGUCACCUGGCCAAUCACGUAAAGCCACGGUCCGUCCCCAGCAUCCACGUCCCCUCCCCCGCUGUGCCUAAACUCACCAUGGCCAAGUGUCGCCGCAACGUAGAGAACUUCCUGGAGGCGUGUCGCAGGAUCGGAGUCCCACAGGACCGUCUCUGUUCAGUGGGGGACAUACUGGACAGAAAAGGGGGUGUGGUCUAUGAGACACUGGAUGCAUUGCUCACCAUGGCGCCUCUUGCUGUUAGACCUUCUCUUCAGGUCCAGUUGGCUGGCUUCGCCCUCUUUUACCUGUCCAUCAUGUCGGCGCUGUGCGCCAUCUACGUUCACCUGACACCGCAGGUCUGA